AUGACCAACAACAACAACAACAAUGGUUGCAAACCAAACCACAAGGCCAUGGUCCUUGGCAUUGUAAUUGGUGCCUGCUACCAUGUCUUUUGCUUUGGCGCAGUGUUGGCGGCAGAUCAGAUGGAGAGUUCGACAACAAAAGUGGGGGCAGAGUUCUUGGUCGCAGCCAUUGCCGUUCCCUGUACCGUGAUGGUUUGUAUCUACAUCAUGUCCAAAUUGAGCAGCAGCAGCGGAUCGUCAAGUCAACAACAACAAGCCAACGAUAAUACUAAUUCUUCCUCCUUGGCACUAGAUUGGGCCGUCUUGAUUGGCUUUGUCAUUGCCAAUAUUGUACUGGGGACACUGGGUUGCAUCUACUUUACUGGAUUUUCCAACGUUUUCUCUUAUCGUGAGAUUAUCAAUAUUGCUAUCAAUGUUGCCAUUCUAAUUUUUUGUUGCUGUUGGCCAAAGGCAGAAGAGAAAAGUGAUAAUGAUGCAGCAGAAGAGCUCAGGCAACCACUUUUGACUGACGACCAGAAGAAGGAUACGAGUGAUCCUGUUCUCGUGGGUCAAUCCCUACCGGUACUCUAA